UAAAUGAACAUAUUAAGGAUUCAAAUUGCAAGAUUAUCGUCAAAAAUGUCAGAGCCGAUAAAAACAAAGAUUAAUGAAUGCUUAUCUCGAGAAUUGAGUCCUAUAAAGCUAGAAGUGGUGAAUGAAAGCUAUAUGCAUGGCGUACCAAAGAACUCAGAGACUCAUUUCAAAGUGCUUGUUGUGUCAGAAAAGUUUACUGGAUUAAGUCUUAUUCAACGGCACAGAAUUGUCAAUAAUUAUCUGAAGGAGGAACUGAAGACGGAAUUUCCACAUGCAUUGUCAAUAGUAGCUAAGAAUCCAACAGAAUAUGAUGGAGAAUAUAAAUUGGAACCAUCACCAAAUUGUCGAGGUGGAUUUGGCAAAUAGACUAAGUUUAAUAGAGUUCUGAUGAUUCCU